AUGGCGCAGAGCUCUGGCCGUCGCUUCGGCUCGCCCAGCCAGACCGGGUCUACGUCCGCGUCCGCGUCAGCAUCUACUGCCGCAGCAGCAUCAUCAACACCAUCGGCAGGUGCAGCAGGCUCGGCGAUGGCUGCUGGCCCGGCGUCCUCUGCGAACCCAGCAAGCGCACUCGUCGCAUCGUCGCAGCCACCAGCGCCGCUCGCACCGCGGCUGACCACGACAACCCCUUCGGCCGCGGCCGCGGCGGCGGCGUCGUCGUCGUCGUCGUCAUCGCCAUCGAUGCAGGCCGGCGCUGCUGCCGUCGCCAGCAGUCCGUCGGUCUCGUCGUCCCCACACCACCCCCGCCCGCGCCAGCUCUUUUCGCGUGCCACCCAGGCACUCAACGUCGAGCCGUCGCCCACCACGGGCCGCUUUGCCGCCUAUGUUCGACAUCAUCCCGAGAAUCCUUCAUCGUCGCCCUCGCGCCUCCGCUCCCCAUCGAGGCGUGGACCUGCCAAUCUGGCCGAGCAGCCGCCGCGCUCCUCGAGCCUGCUGCUCGACCACCAUCACCACCAUCACCAGCAGCAGAACCACCAGCAGCAGCCACAUCAGCAGCGGGGACGCAGCAGCGUGCCCGUGUCCACACAGCAGCAACAGCACGCACAUUCAGGCCCGCAUACAUUCGUGCGCCCACCGCGGAGGGACGAGGACCGUGCGGCGAUGAGCGACAUCGAGGUGCACCCCUGCUUCCGGCGCGACUCGGACCUGCCAGGCGACGUGCUCGUGCGCUGUGCCGGCGUCGAGUUCUUUGUCCACAAGGCCAUCCUCUUCUAUGCCAGCCCCUUUUUCCGCGCUGUGCUCGAGGGCGAUUGGAUCGAGUCGCACCCCUCGCUCCACCAGCUCUCGUCGUCGGACGGCGAGGCAGACUCGGACGAUGACGAUGACCGUGGCUUCGAUGAGGGCGACAGUCACUCGCAGCAGGGCAGCCAGAGCGGCGCACGGCCGGACAGCAGCCACGGCAGCGACACCAAGCAGGAGCAGGCGCAGGAGCGCGAGGCAACUGCGACGACUGGCACCCUUGACAGGCACCAGCAGCAGCAGCUUGCCGGCCUCGCCUCGCCCCGUGCCUCGUUCCAUACUGCCUUUUUGCAGCUCGACGUCGGCAGCAACAGCGCAGAGGGCGACGAGAGCGAGGGCAGCAGCAACAGCAGAGGGCCUGCUUUGACUGAGCAGCAGCAGGCCGACAACCUGGCAGACCGACUGCAGCGCCUGGCCACGCCGCCGCCGCCCGAGCCUGUGUCGCUGGCAGCAGCAGCAGCACCGGCAGCAGCACCGGCAGCAGCACCAGCAGCAGAUGAGCGAGAGCAGUCGACAAAGGAGACGGCAGCGAAGCAGCGGGCCACUAAGACCAAGCGAAAGAGGAGGGCAGCAGAGAAACGCCAGCGAAAGAAGGACGGCAUCGUCGCCGUCGUCGAUCUGCGCGAGGAGGACGCCGCCACGUUCCAGGAUGUCCUCUGCCACGUCUACCCGCACCUCGAGCUGCGCAUCACCUGGUACAACAUCUUCUCCCUCUUCAGCUUCUCGGACAAGUUCGCCGUGCCCCACCUCCGCCAGGCCUGCUGCACCUUUCUCCGCGCCGCCCUCGCCGGCCGGCCCAUCGACGCCAUGGCCCUGGGCGAGCGCCACGGGCUCGACGACGUGUACCGCGAGGCGUCGCGCCACGUGCUCGACAACAUGCCCCAAUGGGAGCCCGAGGAGCUCGAGGUGCUGUCGCAGGCGACGCUGCUGAAGCUCGAGCGCAAGCGCACCUGGUUCCUCGAGCGCCUGCUCAAGCUUGGUCUUGCCAACCCGGCGCGCGACUACGAGUGCCACGGCGCGUGCCCAGACCCGGGGGCGUGUGCGCGCAACCUGCAGGACCGCUGGCAGGCCCAGUAUGCCCAAGCCUUUCGCUUUGGCCCGCCGCAGCCAUCGGUCAUCUGGCGCUACCUGCGCGAGAUGGACGUCUCGCCGCCUGCUGCUGUUGCUGCUGCUGCUGCUGCCGCUGCUGCUGCCGCCGCUGCUGCCUCACUGCCUGCCUCUUCGUCGGCCUCGUCGUCGCUGUCGCCCUUUGCUGCGUUUGGCCUGGGUGGCUCGAGUGCAGGGGCGGGUGCCAGUGUCGCCUCGCUCAGCAGUGCCAUUUCCACCGGUGCAUCCAUGGCAGCCACGGUGGGAGGCGGUGGCGGCGGUGGUGGCGGCGGUGGGGGUGGUGGUGCUGGUGGGGGACUUGGCGGCGUCGGGGGACUGGGUGGAGGCGUAGGAGGACUGGUGGGCGGGGGGAUCGGAGGCGCAGGUGCAGCUGGGCUGGCCGCGGGUGCAGGCACGGGCGGCGCACCGGCAUCGGCUGCGGGCAUGAGCCUCAGCCACAGUGCUUCAGGCCACCACCACCACCACCACUACCACUACGCCUCGACGAGCGCGCUGUGCCAGAGCACCGCCAAGACAUGGGUCCAGGGCCUCUUUGACCGCAUGUAUGGCCUGCCCACGCACGCAAAGACGCCGCAGAAGUUCCUCGCCGUCAAGCUCGCCCCCGACCGCGUGUCCUCGUCCGCCGCCGCUGCUGCUGCCAAGGGGGCUGCCGGCCGACCAGCAGGCACGCUUCGCACACCGCAUGGCUACCACCACCACCACCAUGCCGAGACAGGCGCCUGAUUGUAUACAUUACUCCUACCACUACUACUAUUACUACAAUGAC